AUGACUGCAGGUGCUGGUCCUGCAAUGGAAGAAGGGAUUGUCAUUCUACUGUCUAAUAUGGGUGCUGGAGAGAAGAGCAGUGUAGACUGGAAGGAUCUGAACCUGGUUCUGCCCUGUCUGGAGUAUCAUAACAACACCUGGACCUGGCUGGACUUCGCCAUGGCUGUAAAGAGAGACAGUCGUAAGGCUCUGGUUGCACAGAUGAUAAAGGAGAAGCUGCGGUUGAAACCCGCCUCAGGCUCAGAGUCUCGAAGUAAAGUGACGGAUGGGAAAACGGACAGCAGCCUCCAGCAGCAGGUGGAAGACGAGAAAGCAAGACUUCUGAUCGGCUUCAGCACUGCCGACAAGAGCUCCAGCAAAAAGAGCAUCUUCAGUCGCCGCAAGUGAAGCUUCUUCACAGCGAUGCUGGUCUUGAAGAAGCUCUGCUGUACUUUACCGUGUCCCAGUCCACAGGAGAAGGGACGGAUGAUGAUAACCAAACCCAGUCCGAGGUCUCUCUCCGCUUCACCAGUGGUGCCUUUAAACGUCCGCGCUGGGUGUGAACACAGGAACCAGCACCAUGGUCAAGCCAUGACUGCAGGUGCUGGUCCUGCAAUGGAAGAAGGGAUUGUCAUUCUACUGUCUAAUAUGGGUGCUGUACACCUGACAUUGUUUUUAUGUGCUCCUGUUGUGCCAUAAAUCAUUUCAGUAUAUUUAAAUUAACUACAUACAGCAUUAAAUCAUCUUUAUUAAAGAGAGAGUUCACCCAAAAAUGACAAUUCUGUCAUUAAUUACUCACCCUCAUGUCGUUCC